AUGGACGCGAGGAAGAAUGCGGCGAUUAGAAAAUUGAAGCGCUCGAACAACGCGUGGGGUAAGCUCGUAGCUAAGUAUGAGGCUGAAAUGUUUGCGAGCCUGCCCGCGGAGCACGCUGCGAGGGCGAAACCGAGCGAGCGUUUGAUAAAGUACCAUGCGACGCGUGACGGGCAGGUCGUGGCGGGCCUCGUUGCGGACAUCCUCGGCGUGCUAGGUUGCGAAUCGACGCUCAGAGUGCUAAAUACUGAAUCUGGGGUGAAUGAACCGAUGUCUCGAGACGCACUGGAGCGUACGUUGCGUCUGGAGGGGUCUGAAGGGCCGCUUCUUGCCGGGUUGCUAACGAGAUCUGACGAAGCGGAUGAGGGACGCGAGAGCUCCAGGACACGGGAUCGAACGCCAGAGGUCACGAAACGGGAGCCACCCGAGCCCAUCGUCCUAGCGGUAGGGGUUCUAGAAGAGAAGGACACGAAUCGGCCCGAGCGAGCGACGGGGGAGACAGCUGUGAAGAGGACGGAGUCGACGUCGCCGUCGACGGGUGCGGGUCCCUCCACGAAUCUUGGCGGCGUGGAGCGGGCACUGGAAGGAAGCUUCGAGCUGGAGAACAGCGACGACGAUGAGGUGGUGGACGCGAUUGAAGAGUCCGUGGACGACCUCGAGGUGUCCGUGGUGUCCAUCGAGGUUGACGGUCGUGUCUCCGGGUCUGUCAAGAGCGGCGGCGGUUCGUCGAUGCGGGGCAACUUCUCCGUCGAUUACGAGGACGUCGGGAUGGGAUCGACGCCACCGACGAGCGCGGCGGGGGGUGAUGCCGCAUUUGACGUGGAGCGUGGUGGCGUCUCUCUCGACGACGAGGACUUCGAGGCGGGCUCCCGCCGCGUGCGCCGCGCCGCCAAGUCUCGCACUUCGGUCCGCGCCUCGGCCGCUCGCAAGGAUGAGGAUGUCCAGGUGAACGAGGUUGCCGCGGGCGUCGCGGGCGUUGCCGCGGCCGCCGUGGUCUUCGGUGCCCCGGACGCCGCGAUGGCUGAUGCGUACACCGACUACCUUGAGGCCAUGAAGGCUCAGAACAUCGAGCCGGCCUCGGUCACGCUCCCUGCUGAGGCUCCCGCAGCCAAGGCCAUCCCGGCCGGAGCCAAGAAGGCUGCCCCCGCCCCCAAGGCCCCCAAGGCCCCCAAGGUUGCCGCGCCCAAGGUUGACAAGGAGGCUGCCGCCGCCGCCAAGGCUGAGGCUGCCGCCAAGGCUGCGGCCGAGAAGGCUGAGGCCAAAGCCAAGGCUGACGCCGAGAAGGCUCAAAAGGCUGCAGCCGCUGAGGCCGCCAAGGCUGAGGCUGAUGCCGCCAAGGCUGAGAAGGCUGCCGCCGCUGAGGCCGCCAAGGCCGAGAAGGCCGCCGCCGCUGAGGCCGCCAAGGCUGAGAAGGCCGCUGCCGCUGAGGCCGCCAAGGCUGAGAAGGCUGCCGCCGCUGAGGCCGCCAAGGCCGAGAAGGCCGCCGCCAAGGCUGACAAGGCUGACAACACCGCCUCCAAGCAGUCUCUCGAGGAGAAGGCCGCUGCGCGCGCCGAGAAGGCUGCCGCUGCUGAAGCCGCCAAGGCUGAGGCUGACGCUGCCAAGGCCGAGAAGGCCGCCGCCGCUGAGGCCGAGAAGGCCGAGAAGGCUGCUGCCGCUGAGGCCGCGAAGGCCGAGAAGGCUGCCGCUGCCGAGGCUGCUGCUGCCGAGAAGGAGGCCGCCAAGGCGGCGCUCGCUGAGGCCAGGGCCGAGAAGGCUGCGGCCGCCAAGGCUGCCGCCGCGAAGUCCAAGGCUUCCAAGCCCGCCUCAUCUUCAUCCUCUGGCGACGCCGGUUCUUUCGCCCCCGUUGCCGGCAUUGCCGUCGUUGGCGCUGCUGCUGCCCUCGUUGGUGGUGGCAAGAAGAAGGAGCCUGAGCCCGAGCCUGAGCCCGAGCCGGUCAACACGCCCUUCUCCUUCUUUGGCAGGAAGCCGGAGCCCGAGCCGGAGCCCGAGCCCCCGAAGAAGAAGGGUUUCUCCUUCGGAGCCAAGAAGACUCCGCCUCCCCCUCCUCCGGCUCCCGAGCCCGUCAAGAAGGCUCUCUUCUCCUUCGGCGCCAAGAAACCUGAGCCCGAGCCUGAGCCCGAGCCUGUGAAGAAGAAGCCGGCCUUCUCCUUCGGUGGCACCCAGAAGAUGAAGAAGGCACCCGAGCCGGAGCCCGAGCCCGAGCCCGUGAAGAAGAAGCCGAUGUUCUCCUUCGGUGGCACGCAGAAGAUGAAGAAGGCCCCCGAGCCUGAGCCCGAGCCUGAGCCCGAGCCCGUCAAGAAGAAGCCGAUGUUCUCCUUUGGCGGCACCCGGAAGAUGAAGAAGGCCCCCGAGCCUGAGCCCGAGUUCGAGCCCGAGCCUGAGCCCGUCAAGAAGACUCCUCCCAAGCCCCUCUUCGCGCGCAAGGCUCCGGUCAAGAAGGCUCCUGAGCCCGAGCCUGAGCCCGAGCCUGAGCCCGAGCCCGAGCCCGUCAAGAAGGCCCCCGAGAUGCCCAAGAUGCCCGCGGCGCCCAAGGUUGCGUUCAAGAACCCCUUCUCCUUCAACUUCGGCAAGAAGAAGGCAGCAGCGCCCGCCAAGGCAGUGGCUGCCGUCGACGCUGCCCCCGGCGCCGCCGAGGCCGCCACCGUCACCGACGAGGUGAUUGUCGAGGCGGUUCCCAUCCCGGUUGUGCCCGAGGACGACAUCGUCGCCCGCGUGCUCGCCGAGAAGGAGGCUGCCGCUGCCGCCGCCGCUGCCAAGGCCGCCAAGGAUAGAGCCGCCGCACUCGACAAGGCGAAGAAGGAGCAGGAGGCUGCCGCCAAGAAGGCUCAGGAGGCUGCCGCCAAGGCUGCCGCCAAGAAGGAGAAGGAGCUCGCUGACAAGAUCGCCGCGUAUGAGAAGGAGCAGGCCGACAAGAAGGCUGCCGCCGAGAAGAAGGCGGCUGAUAUCAAGGCUGCGGCGGAGGCAAAGAAGGCUGAGGCCGAGGCCAAGAGGCAGGAGCAGAUCAAGGCGAGGGAAGAGGCUAAGGCAGCGGCGGCUGCCAAAAAGAAGCAGGGUGGCGGACUCUUCGCCUUCGGAGGGAAGAAGGAGGAGGCCAAGCCUGCCCCCGCGGCCAAGGCGGCUGCCCCGGCGGCCAAGCCCGCCCCCGCCGCGCCGGCCGGUGCCAGCGACGCCGCUGCCAACGCCGCUGAUGCCCAGAAGUGGAUUGAUGCCUGGAAAUCCGGUUCCUCCGGUUCCUCCAAGCCGGCGGCGAGCGGCGGCAAGUCUGAUGCCGCGGCGAACGCGGCGGAUGCUCAGGCGUGGAUCGACGCGUGGAAGUCAGGAUCUUCCGCCGCGCCCCCCGCCGCCAAGCCCGCGCCCGCCGCCAAGCCCGCGCCCGCCGCCAAGCCCGCGCCCGCUGCCCAGCCUGCAAAGAAGAAGAUUGAGUACAAGGGUCCCUUCGGCAACCUCUUCGGCGGCAAGAAGGAGGAGGCUAAGCCCGCUGCCAAGGAGGCUGCGGUCGCCGCCAAGCCUGCCGCCCCCAAGGCUGGUGCUAGCGACGCCGCGGCCAACGCCGCGGACGCGCAGAAGUGGAUAGACGAGUGGAAGGGUUCUUCGGGUGCAGGUGGCUCCUCUGCCGACACCCCCGAGGGUCGUGCCAAGGAGGCCCAGGCCUGGAUUGACGCGUGGAAGUCCAAGCAGUAAACAUUUAUUACACGUCAUUGACAGUGUUCAUAAUCGCAGCUCUUAUCAUGAUCAAUGAAUGAAUAAGCUUAUAUUU